AGUCCCACCUGCUGCUCAGAAGCCUCAAACCAAGCUCCGUUCCAGUCGGCAAAGGUUGUUGCUCUUCAGCCCCAGACAAGAAAAGGUCCUUGGAAAAUCAUCCCCAGGCUUGAUGGGGUCCUGGUAGGACAGGCCAACUGGAAGAACCUUCCACCCUUCACUCGCCUUUCCAGUUCUCUGAGUACGCCUGAGACUAAACACCUGACAGAAUGCCUAGGAACCAGGGCUUCUCCGAGGCUGAGUAUUCGGCCGAACCGUCGGCCGAGUACUCGGUCAGCUUGCCUUCAGAUCCUGAGCGGGCGGGUGGCCGGACCCAUGAAAUCUCUGUCAGGAACACGGGCUCCUGCCUCUGCCUGCCCCGCUUCAUGCGUUUGACUUUUAUCCCGGAGUCCUUGGAGAAUCUGUAUCAGACAUAUUUCAAGAGGCAACGCCACGAGACCCUCCUGGUUCUGGUCAUUUUCGCUGCCCUCUUUGAUUGCUAUGUGGUGAUCAUGUGUGCUGUGGUCUAUUCCAGUGACAAGCUGGCUCCCAUUGUGGUGGCAGCGGUGGGGCUGCUGCUGGACAUCAUCCUCUUCGUUCUCUGUAAGAAGGGCCUUCUGCCAGAUAGAGUCAGCAGGAAGGUGGUCCCCUACGUGCUAUGGCUGCUGAUCACUGCCCAGAUCUUCUCUUACCUUGGCCUGAACUUUGCUCGCUCCCACGCGGCCAGUGACACGGUGGGCUGGCAGGCCUUCUUCGUCUUCUCCUUCUUCAUCACGCUGCCCCUCAGCCUCACUCCUAUUGUGCUCAUCUCCGUGGUCUCCUGCUGCAUCCAUACUCUGGUGCUGGGGGUUACUGUUGCCCAGCAGCAGCAGGAACAGUUGGAUGGCAUUGAGUUGGUAAGAGAGAUCCUGGCUAAUGUUAUCAUCUACCUGUGCGCCAUCAUCGUGGGCAUUAUGUCCUACUACAUGGCUGACCGCAAGCAUCGGAAGGCCUUCCUUGAAGCCCGUCAGUCCCUUGAAGUGAAGAUCAACCUGGAGGAACAGAGCCAGCAGCAGGAAAACCUUAUGCUUUCCAUCUUACCCAAGCAUGUGGCUGAUGAGAUGUUAAAGGACAUGAAGAAAGAUGAGAGCCAGAAGGACCAGCAACAGUUCAAUACCAUGUACAUGUACCGCCAUGAGAAUGUCAGCAUUCUGUUUGCUGACAUCGUGGGUUUCACUCAGCUCUCUUCAGCCUGCAGUGCUCAGGAGUUGGUGAAGCUGCUCAAUGAACUCUUUGCCCGCUUUGACAAGCUGGCAGCUAAAUACCACCAGCUGCGUAUCAAGAUCCUGGGAGAUUGUUACUACUGCAUCUGUGGGUUGCCAGACUACCGGGAAGAUCAUGCUGUCUGCUCCAUCCUCAUGGGGCUUGCCAUGGUGGAUGCUAUUUCGUAUGUGCGGGAGAAGACAAAGACUGGGGUGGAUAUGCGUGUUGGCGUCCAUACGGGCACUGUGCUGGGCGGCGUGCUAGGCCAGAAGCGAUGGCAGUAUGAUGUGUGGUCCACGGAUGUUACUGUCGCCAACAAGAUGGAAGCUGGUGGCAUCCCUGGGCGUGUGCACAUCUCACAGAGCACCAUGGACUGCUUGAAGGGUGAGUUUGAAGUGGAGCCAGGUGAUGGAGGCAGCCGCUGUGACUACCUGGAGGAAAAAGGCAUUGUCACCUACCUCAUUUGUUCUCCUAAACCCGUGUCUCCAGAUCAGCAGCAGACCCCUAAUGGUAUCAAUGGCACGGCCACAAAGAUAGGGCUGUCGCAGCCCAGCUCCCCCAUCCUGAUCAACACCAAGGAGACCAAGGAGCCCAAGGAGCCGAAUGGAAGCAUCACAGCCACCUCCCCAACCCCUGAGGAGACCGAGGAUCUGGACACCCAGGUGGUCAACCCUUCGUUCCCCAACCCUCGGCGGCGCUUGCGCCUUCACGAUUUGGCAGAGAGGGUUGUGGACGCCUCUGAGGAUGAACAUGAGCUCAACCAGCUGCUCAGUGAGGCUCUGCUGGAGAGGGAGUCAGCACAGGUAGUAAAGAAAAGAAACACGUUCCUUCUCUCCAUGAGGUUUAUGGACCCUGAGAUGGAGACACGUUACUCAGUGGAGAAGGAGAAGCAGAGCGGGGCUGCCUUCAGCUGCUCCUGCGUCGUGCUCCUUUGCACGUCCCUGGUGGUGAUCCUGAUUGAUCCUUGGCUGAUGACAAAUUACGUGACAUUUGUGGUUGGAGAGAUCCUGCUGCUGAUUCUGACAAUCUGCUCAAUGGCUGCCAUCUUCCCCCGGCUAUUCCCAAAGAAGCUUGUGGCCUUUUCUACCUGGAUUGACCGGACCCGUUGGGCCAGGAAUACUUGGGCCAUGUCCGCCAUUUUCAUUCUUAUCUUGGCCAAUGUUGUAGAUAUGCUCAGCUGCUUGCAGAACUACACGGGAAUUACCAAUGGGACAACGGUGACCAUCAUGGCAGGCGGCUGUGUGGACAAUCCCAAGUACUACAGCUACAUUGCCGUGCUAGCGCUCAUUGCCGCCAUCAUGCUGGUGCAGGUCAGCCACAUGGUGAAGCUCACGCUCAUGCUACUGGUCACAGCAGCCGUGGGUGUCAUCAACAUCUACGCCUGGCGCCCCAUCUUUGAUGCUUAUGACAGAAAACGCUUCCAGGAACAUGACUUCCCACCCCUGGUCAUUACAGAGAAGAUGCAGGUGUUCACCACCCUCAAUGGCACUGAUGGGCUGCCCCUGAUCCCCUCCAAGUACUCCAUGACCGUGAUGGUCUUCGUGAUGAUGAUAAGCUUUUACUACUUUGCCCGACAUGUGGAAAAACUGGCCCGGACCCUGUUCCUGUGGAAGAUUGAAGUCCAUGACCAGAAGGAACGUGUAUAUGAGAUGAGACGCUGGAACGAGGCCUUGGUCACAAACAUGCUGCCAGAGCAUGUGGCCCGUCAUUUCUUGGGCUCAAAGAAACGGGAUGAGGAACUGUACAGUCAAUCAUAUGAUGAGAUUGGAGUCAUGUUUGCCUCCCUGCCCAACUUUGCUGACUUCUACACAGAGGAGAGUAUCAACAAUGGUGGCAUUGAAUGUCUUCGUUUCCUUAAUGAGAUCAUCUCUGACUUUGACUCCCUCCUAGACAACCCUAAAUUUCGUAUCAUCACCAAGAUCAAGACCAUUGGCAGUACCUAUAUGGCAGCAUCAGGUGUCACCCCAGAUGUCAACACCAAUGGCUUUACAAGUGGAAACAAGGAGGAAAAGUCAGAUAAGGAGCGCUGGCAGCAUCUUGCAGAUCUGGCUGACUUUGCUCUGGCCAUGAAGGACACUCUCACUAACAUCAACAAUCAAUCUUUCAACAAUUUCAUGCUUCGCAUAGGUAUGAACAAAGGAGGAGUACUGGCUGGGGUCAUAGGGGCCCGAAAACCACACUAUGACAUUUGGGGGAAUACUGUCAAUGUGGCCAGUAGGAUGGAGUCAACAGGUGUCAUGGGCAACAUCCAGGUGGUGGAGGAAACACAGACCAUCCUACGGGAAUAUGGCUUCCGCUUUGUAAGACGUGGUCCCAUCUUUGUCAAAGGAAAGGGUGAGCUGCUGACCUUCUUCCUGAAGGGACGGGAUAAGCCAGCCCCGUUCCCUAAUGGCUCCUCUGUCACCCUACCCCACCAGGUAGUGGACAACUCCUGAGUGGCUCCCACCCACCCAGAGAUGGGAGGGGCAGUUCCUGAAAUCAGAGCACUACUUUGUGAAAGACGAAUGACCAAGUCUUGACAUUCCAAAAUUAUCAAAUGGAUUCCCACAUAGACUUUAGAUACAGCCUCUCUCUGCUUCUCCUUUGUCCUGGGAGUGUGAGCUCAGUGGGUACCUGCAAUCACCCCUCAGUGUGCUUACAGCUUCUCCUUCAAAGUAGGGAGAAAUAGUCCUGGAAUGACCUUUCCAGAAUCCUAGCACUUCCCUCCCUGGGCCCCUCCUCUCCCCCCUAGCCAAGAGAGGCCAGAGCCACUGUGAGCAGAGCACUUGUAUCAGGGACUGAGCAAAGGUCUUUGCUACUGGGCUGGCCACCCAGAUCCAAUGGGGGUCUGCACAGAUGGGAAGGAUUGAGGCUCUGUCUGUUAUGGAGUUCCAGAGAGGGUCCAGUUUGUUUUCAUGCAGUCUGAGAGAAGUAAACAGACCAGUCCUGAUUGGUCUGUUCAUCAUAAUGGCAUUCCUGGACAUCCCUGCCACCAUAGUCUUGAGAUCAGGAAGAGAGAGUGCAAUAUUUCCUUUUACUUGGGGGAGGGGAAAAAUUUAUUUCCAAAAGAAAGA